UUGAAAUGUGGCAUUACUGUUUACUUCGACGCUUCUGCAUUCGUUCCCAAUGUGUCUGAAGAAAUUUUUGAAUCUUCUCUGAAGAAUAACUCGUAAAUGUGUUGUUUUAAAAAUUUGCUACAAUAAUAUAGUGAAGUUUAUGAUAAAUAUAAUGGCCGUAGUAAAAUUGAACGCAUCUACUUCACCUUCGAUUGAAUUAAGUUCGUACAGAGAUCAACAUUUUAAGGGAUCUAGAGCAGAGCAAGAUAGACUUCUUAGAAGUUCCUCUACUUUAUAUGUUGGUAACCUCUCUUUUUAUACUACAGAAGAACAAAUAUAUGAAUUAUUUUCCAAAUGUGGAGAUAUUAGACGUAUCAUUAUGGGCUUAGAUAAAUAUAAGAAAACUCCAUGUGGUUUUUGUUUCGUCGAGUAUUAUCAAAGACCAGACGCAGAAAACUGUAUGCGAUAUAUUAAUGGUACACGUCUUGACGAUAGAAUUAUUCGAACAGAUUGGGACGCAGGAUUUAUAGAAGGCAGACAAUAUGGACGUGGAAAGACAGGAGGACAAGUAAGAGACGAAUAUAGAUCUGAUUUUGAUAGCGGAAGAGGAGGUUAUGGUAAGAUAAUUCAACAAAAAGUAACACCACUCUCAGAUGGCAAUUUUGGACGGUGAAAUAAAAAUAAUCGGCAUUAUUCUAAGCUGUAUUUAUCUUUGUUCACAAUUAAGUCCGAAAUACAUAUUCAUGUAUUUAUAAAUAUUUA